GGGGAGCAGCGGUGGCUGCCCCUGCGAAGGGCGAGAGGCCGCGGGCAGCCCGGCAGGGCGCGGAGCGGGCCGCCGCAGCCGCGGGCGAGAGGCCGCGCCGGAGGCGGGAGCGACGGGAGCGCGGCGUCGGCCGAGGAACGGGCCCCGCGCUGCGGCGGGGCCGGGCCUCGGCCGGGAGCGGGGUCACGGCCGGGGCGGUGCGCUCGGCCGGGCUGUAGGGCGGGGAUGGCAUAGGAGCCCGGGCGCUCCGUGGGGCACAGCGGCCGCGGCCAGCGGUGGGGCGGCCACGGGAGAAUGGCGGGGCAGCACCGCGUUCUGUGGUGCCUGCACACCUCCCGCGGUGUGCUACGCGUGGUACACGGGUGCCCUGCUGGAGGAGGAGGCCCUUAAAAAAGCAGCAGAAAAUGGAUUGUCUUCACCAGAAUUUUUUGAGCUUUGCGUUUGGUUAGGAUCCCAGAUAAAGUCACUUUGUAAUAUGGAAGAAAGCAUCACUGCAACAGAUGGAGUGAAAGAUAUAGAGAGCUUCCAGCUUGAAGUUAGUGGCUUUCUGAGAGAAAUGGCUUGUCCAUAUUCAUCACUGGUGUCUGGAGACAUCAAAGACAGAUUAAGAGAGAAAGAAGAUUGUCUUAAACUUAUUUUAUUUCUAAGUACAGAACUUCAGGCUUUAAAGAUAUUGCAGAGCAAGAAAGUUAAAGGCUCUCAUUUGGAAAAGCACAGUGAAAUUAUUGAGGAAGUGCAAGCUAUUUGUGAUGCACUGGGUCUGCCAAACUCCUCAUCUUCUGGUAUUCCUCCCUUGUUAACCAGUGUGGAACAAAAGGUGAAGGACAUUCUCUCAAAAGUUAAAAAUAACCAUGUGGGGAAAUCUCUGCUAACAAAACCUCUGAACUCUGACCAAGUGGAAAGAUUGGAAAAGAUCAAUGAUGCUCUUUGCAGUGAGUACGAGUGUCGACGGCGGAUGUUGAUGAAGAGGCUCGAUGUGACUGUGCAGUCUUUUGGCUGGUCUGAUAGAGCAAAGGUAAAAACAGAUGAAAUAGCACGGAUCUACCAGCCCAAGCGCUACGCGCUGUCUCCAAAGUCCACCAUUACACUGGCUCACCUUCUUGCUGCUCGCGAGGAUUUGUCCAAGAUCAUAAGAACCAGUAGUGGAUCAACACGGGAGAAGACUGCCUGUGCCAUCAACAAGGUUCUGAUGGGGAGAGUCCCUGACCGGGGAGGUAGACCAACAGAGAUUGAACCACCUCCUCCUGAAAUGCCUCCAUGGCAAAAAAGACAAGAAGGUGGUGGAAGAGGUGGCUGGGGGGGUGGUGGUGGUGGAAGGGGUAACUGGGGGGGUGGUGGGGGUAGAGGAGGAGGAGGUUUCAGAGGUGGUGGAAGAGGUGGGGGUGGCUUCCAGGGUGGAGGUGGCUUCCAGGGUGGAGGUGGCUUCCAAGGUGGGGGUGGCUUCCAAGGUGGCAGGGGAGGUUAUGGUGGCAGGGGAGGCUACGGUGAUCCCUAUGGUGGAAGGGGAGGGGGAGGAUACCGAAGAUACUAAAGUACUGUAAAUCUUAACAGAGUAACUGGCAGAAUAUAGUGGUGGUGUUUACUGGUACUAGGACUCUAGAUAUGUUGACUUGGGUUUAGGUUAGAAUUAAGUAUGACCAUAUGAGUAAUUUCAUUAGACCAACUGAUAUUCUUCACUGAGUUCUUUUAGUUAACUGAAGUUUUAUACUGAAAUCUGAUGACUGAAGUCCUUGUUUUUCGUACUGCUUAUAUGGUGUUUUUUAUUAUGUAAUUUUAUUUAAAAUAAGUCUCAGAAAACUGAAUAAAGCCCUUUCUAAACAAACAAAAAUA